AUGCCCGCGCUCGCACACGCGUCGCUCAGCCGCAGACCUAUGCACCGCCUCGGGGAGCACCUCGGUCAGGCAUUCGCUGAAGCGACCGUUCUGACCGCUCUUUCGAAUCCCUUUUUAAUGGUUUCUGUUCGACAUUGCUCUCCAACCAUCCAUGCGGUCAUGGCCCUUGCGUUGUACCAGCAAGACUUUCGGGCCGCUGCAGGCUAUGCCUCCGCGUUCGUGGUGAUCUUUUACGACUAUGGCCUUACAUUCGCGCGCGAGGUGCACACCAUGUGGGGCGCAAAGCGCAAGUACACCUUCGCCACCAUACUCUUCUACAUCGUGCGCUACGCCGGUCUCCUGUUCGUCAUACUGGUCAUGCGCUCCACAUGGUCGACAAAAUCACAUCUGAUGGCGCUCAAUAUCCUACUCAUGGCAGCCGUUGCAGUGUUCUCGGCGAUGCGCGUCUACGCGCUGUACUUCGGCAAUUACUUCGUGUUUGGCAUCGUUCUUCUCCUUGGACUGACAAAUCCCAUUCUCACUAUGUAUAUAUCCAUCAUGACCGAGCCUCAAGUCGCCGUCCUCUCGCCGACGCUGAACUCCUGCGGGAUGAUGCCGAAAAUAGCUCCCGGGCCAUUCGAAAAGUUAUUCAUGGGCACCCGUGCAUGCUCCAUCGUCGCCGACGCCGUCGUGGUCAUAUUGACGUGGAUGAAGACCCUGCACUAUCGCAGAGCUGCUAUGCGAGCGAAUGCGCGGAUGUCUGUCACGACCGUACUCUUCAAAGAUGGUACCGCAUUCUUUUCCUCUCUUCUGUUCCUCAACGUGUUUGCCUUGGGUAUCGGUCAAAUCGCCGACCUCAUUGUCGUGAUGACAACCUGGACCACCGUCGUCACCUCUAUCCUCACAUGCCGAUUCAUGCUUGACCUUCGCGAGGCGACGAGCUCGUCGGAUCCGUCCGGCCUCUCGCAGACGAUCCCUUUGUCAGCGAUGCCAGUUGGGAUCGCCUUUGUGGAGGCAAGCAAGGACGUGGGGGAAGACACUUACGCAGUUUGA